AUGGAAAUGAAGCCAAACCAGGAGAGCUGUAGCAAAACUCCAGAAUCAUUAGAAAAUCAUGCAAGCAUGGUUGUCAGUAAGUCAUCAUCCCACACUAAUGAAAAUGGCAUCUCAGACAGUCACCAGUCGACCUCUGAUGCAUUUCCAGUACUGAGUAAUUCAUCAAACAAUCGAGACUCGACUGAGCAAUUAUCAAAAUCUUCCAAGCAAACUGAGACAUCAGACAUUAAUAAUUCCACCGAAAAAAAAGAUAAAAAUUAUCCACUCCCACCGGAAGAGCGAUAUCAGAAUGGCACACAAAGUUCAUCUCCCCAAGACACUGAUAACGAUAAGAGCACAGAAUCAAAUGAGUUAUCAAAUGCCGAAACAAUGGACAAAAAAUUUAUGCAAGAAUCACUCGAUAAUGUAGAGGUAUCUCCCAGCUACUCGCAGUCAUUCUCAUGCAUCAAAGAGCCUCACCGUAAAAAUAUGAUAAGAAAAAAAGAAUUCUUGAAGAGUAAUCGUCAGUCCCAUAGCUCAGAAAAACCAUCAAGACUACUGAAUAACCACAACAGUUUCUUUCCUGACGACGAUACCAACAACUCAGACGAGGCAUGUACCAACGAUCAGCAGCACACGGGUGCUGACUCCUCAGAGGCUGGUACAGCCUCGCUUAUAGAGGGCAUUCACUCCUUCUCCCUCCUUCCCUCCACUUCCUCAAAGAAUUCAUCAAUAGGACUACCUGACUCUGACAUCCCCGAUUGUGAGGUAAAAAUUGAUUUGAAGAAACCCUUCAAGCUUCCUAGCUUAGUUAACCUCUUCGAAGCUGCAGAGGCAGCCCAGAGAAUAGAGCUAGAGGGGAGUGCAUCAGCCCUGCUUGAGCCAUCGGGCUCGAAUUCUCAACAGAGGGAAGAAGAUGAGGAGGCUCAGGGAAUGGAUAUAGAGCCUCGUAUUUCGUACAGCAGUGAAGGUAGCAAUUCCGACACAGAGCCUCAACGGAUGAAUGAAGACACGCCCAAAGAACUCUGCAGUAAAAAACAACGAAGUCUCAAUGGAAAUGGACCACAGGUUGAGUAUUACCAGUUGUGGAGGAGCACAGGAGGCGGUGAGUCAUCAUCAUCAUCAUCAUCAUUAGGACCACCGUUCGAUAGCCUCUACCCAAAUCCCCCACCACUGCCCCCUCGGGCUGUCCACAAGCCCUUGCACAGGAGUAACGCUCUUCACACCCACAAGCACCUGGUCCCCUGUCGUCCAGAGGACUGCUUUGGUUUUGAAAUCGUCGAUGUGGACGAGGCAGCAGGAUUGAAGCCUCGUACAGCAGUGACAAAGAGCAUCGCUCUCCUCAGUUCUCCAAGAUCUCACAGACCGUUGAUGAGACCAGGGAUGUCAGGGACCAGCACCAGUGGAACUGGACCUCAGUCUGAGUGCCCACCAACCCCGACUCAUCGUCCGAAACCACUGAGGCCCUUGCCAAUGUGCUCUUCCACUGCUAAUUCUUCUCUGAUGAGUGAGGAACCCCUACCACCGUCCUGGGAGGCAAGAAUUGAUAGCCAUGGACGUGUUUUUUACAUUGAUCAUGUCAAUCGCACGACCACUUGGCAGAGGCCGGGACAGGCAUCGAGAAACACUGGCUGCGAGAUGCGGAGGCAACAGUUGGACAGACGAUACCAGAGUGUGAGAAGAACAAUCUCUCGGCCAGAUAAUAUCGAUCGCAUUGAUACAGACGGCGCCCAGGGUGAGAGCAACGAACGUAGGACGUCUGAGAGAUCGACUGAUCCUAAUCCUGAGCCUUUUGAUAUAUCCACUAUUCCCCCAGUUUUAUUCCUCUCCCGACCGGAUUUCUUCAACGUUCUCCACACAAAUCUAGAUGCCAUGGAGCUUUACAAUAGAAAUCCAAGCUUGAAACAUAUGAUAAGCAGAAUCCGAAGGGAUCCCUUUGUUUUUCCAAGGUACGAGCACAACAGGGACCUAGUAGCACUUAUUAAUUUCUUCGCUGACACUGGUAAAGAGCUACCCCGAGGGUACGAAUCGAAAUUCGACCGGACUGGGAAAAGAUUUUUCAUAAGUCACGCCAGAAAGGCAACAUCAUUUAUCGAUCCUAGACUACCGACUGAGGUAGCCCAUCCCAGAGCUCUCCUAGAUGAAGCCCCUAUUCCUCCACCGAGACCCCAGCAAUCCGGAGUGACGACUACCCCAGAUAUACCUGUCGCUUACAACGACAAAGUGGUUGCGUUUCUUCGUCAACCGAAUAUAAUGGACAUUUUGAAGGAACGACAUGCUGCACUUGGCCAAAAUAUAGCCCUCAGAGAGAAAGUCAAUACGAUACGAGUGGAAGGUGCGACAGCUCUCCAACGAUUGGGCCAUGACGUGCCUCUGGCACUGCUGUUGAGUCUAUUCGAGCAGGAGAUAAUGUCUUACGUACCCGGUAAUAUUGGACGCUCGCCAAUUGGUAGUCCUCACGCCUCGCCUGGAUUGACGAGGGCCUCGGCACGUGCUCCAGCCCCUUACAGAAGAGAUUUUGAGGCAAAACUUAGGACGUUUUACAGGAAACUUGAGAGUAAGGGAUUCGGCCAGGGUCCGGGAAAACUCAAGCUCCAUAUUCGACGGGAGCAUCUACUCGAGGACGCAUUCACUAGGAUCAUGGCGGCUUCCAAGAAGGACUUACAGAAGGGAAAACUUGUGGUGAUCUUUGAUCACGAGGAGGGCUUAGACUACGGGGGUCCCUCCAGGGAAUUCUUCUUUCAUUUAUCUCGAGAGCUCUUUAAUCCUUAUUAUGGUCUAUUUGAAUACUCUGCUAAUGAUACAUAUACUGUUCAGGUGUCACCCAUGUCGGCUUUUGUCGACAAUUAUCAUGACUGGUUUAGAUUCUCAGGGAGAGUCUUGGGAUUAGCCCUUGUCCAUCAAUAUUUGCUCGAUGCAUUUUUCACUAGACCAUUUUACAAGGCUCUUCUCAGGCUACCAGCUAGUCUCAGCGAUCUAGAGAGUCUCGAUCAGGAGUUCCACCAGAGUCUCAUGUGGAUCAAGGAACGGGACAUAAGUAUUGAACCACUAGAGCUGACGUUCUCGGUUACUGAGGAGCUCCUGGGACGUGUUGCCGAGAGGGAGUUAAAGCCUGGAGGUCGCAAUAUUGCAGUCACUGAGAAAAAUAAGAAGGAGUACUUGGAGAGAGUCGUCAGGUGGAGACUGGAGCGCGGAGUUUCUGAACAAACUGAAUCACUUGUCCGGGGAUUCUACGAAGUGGUCGAUCCUCGACUGGUCUCGGUCUUUGAUGCACGUGAAUUGGAACUUGUCAUUGCUGGGGCUGCGGAAAUUGAUUUAAAUGACUGGAGGGCGCAUACUGAAUACAGGAGUGGAUAUCAUGAUGGACAUCCAGUCGUCGAGUGGUUCUGGAGUAGCAUCAGUAGAUUUACUAAUGAACAACGACUCAGGCUUCUUCAGUUCGUCACUGGAACAUCCAGCAUCCCGUAUGAGGGAUUCGCCGCGCUCAGGGGGUCUACAGGACCAAGAAGAUUUUGUAUUGAGAAGUGGGGAAGACCAAAUAGUUUACCAAGAGCUCACACGUGUUUCAAUAGAUUGGAUUUACCGCCUUAUCCGACCCCUGAAAUUUUAUAUGAAAAAUUAUUGCUGGCGGUGGAAGAGACAAAUACAUUUGGUAUCGAGUAAUUUCAUUCGCCGGAGUUGUUAAAAAAUUAAGAGAAUUUCAAACGUCCACUUUUAUUCGUAUAUUUAAAAUAUUUAAAAAAAUAAAUGUGAUACUGGACGUAUCGCGGAAACUUCGCGGCUAACAAAGUGUAAAUAAUUGAGAGGGAUCAUUGGCUUUUGGCUUGCACUGCGUCAUGAGAAGAUUUUUAAUUUAUUUUUCCAAGUGAAUUGACGGCAUUUAUUUAUUUCUAUUUAUUACGCACAUAUUUAAUGAACCCCCUCGAUUUAUCUGGAUAUUCAGAUGGAAUAGGAAAAACGGGUCGGUUAAUGUACAGAUUUCGCAUGCGGAGAGAAAUAUUUAAGAAAAAAUCGCCAACUUUUUGCGUAAUUCCAGAAAUGUUGUAAUUUUUCAUGAACAUUUCACUCCGGGUAAUGCAAAAUAUCAACUCAAAGUCGCGUUAUUUGCUCACAAAAUGCAUCGAUGUUUAAUUCAAAUAUUUCCUAAGAUGAUAAUAAUAAUAUAGGCAGUUUCAGGGAAUCGUUAUUUCAUACGCAUUAUAUUGUAUAUUAUAAUAAUACCGAAUAGUACAUUCAAAGGCUGAAAAUAAUUGUUGAGGUACUCCAACGUGUUCCAUCCGAAUAAUUAGGGGUUCGCAGUUGAAACUACAACAACGAAUUAAUUAAGCUUGAUCGUGCUUAGUCUGUUUUAAUACAAAAAUCGACAAAUAUCCAGAAAUUAAUGAACUACUGAGUGAUUUCAUCGCAGUGGUAUUUUUCGUCCAUAAGAGAGACAGUAUUUACACAGUGAAUAAUGCCGAAGCACUUUGCUAUUUAUAAAAAAAUUAAAAAAAAACAAAUUUGACGAGUAGUUUAAUUUUACGAUUUUAACAUUCUCGUUUCAAUGCAUAAAAAAAUCAUCGAUUAACGAUUGACAUUAAUUACUGCGGCCAAAAUAAACAGCAAACUUAUGUUUCAAGUGCAAUUUUACUUUCAUUAUAUUCCUCAAUCGACGGGGAUAAACUUAAUUUAAUAUAAAGAAAAAUUUACACUCCAUAUUCAGUCCUAAUCCUAGUCAUCUACAUAAUAAGAAGCAUUCACUUAUAAUAUAUGUAAAUUAGAAACGAAUAGUUAUUGUUACACGUGAAUAUUAUUCCCACAUACUGUUCAAAUGUAAAAUUAAAAAAAUCA